CGUCACAUUGGACUUCCACGUCGUCACUUGGUCAUCAUCAUCAUCAAACCAACACUCUGCGGACAGCCGCGCCCUCCUCAUCUCGUCAUGAAACCAGCCACUGGCCAAUUCUAGACAAGACAGCACCAAAAGCACGGGAGAGACAAAGUCACACCAUGAGGUGGCCACUCGUGGCCAUUGCAUUCUCCCUCUUCCUCACCCUCUUCGUAGCAGCUGCUCAGCCUUCAGAUUCCCAGUCUGCAGGACAUCAUGGCCCACAAACCACCUUUGGUCACAGCGACGACGACGUCGCGUCAAGCAAUCUGACCGUCACCGAGGCGUACGACCGUGCUCUCGUCUUACUGCGAGGUAUCAUCGAUCCAGUCGUCCUCGCCCACUCCACAACCUCUUCCUCCUCUUCACCCCCGGCUUCAUCUUCUUCCGAUAGAUCCGAACAGCAUGGCGUGAAUUCCAAGUCGUCAUCCCAGUCUGGUACCGAGACCAGCUCGCGAAAUAGUCGCCACCUCUCGGCGACCCGCACCAAGCUGUCAGACCUUUCACCCUACUUCACCUUUCUGACCUCCUGGGGUCCGAUAGGCACAAUGAUGCGUCUCUCGAUACGGCUUCAGCACAUAUUUGCAGCCUACUGGCAACGAUGUGCUGAGCUCUUACAGACGCUGGGCAUCGUGCAUCCAGACUCGGCGCACAGCAGGCAGGGCGGGGGACCAUUCUAUGCUAAAGGAUCGAAGCAUCGGGAGGGAAACGCACCAAUAUCUGGGAAUGCGAGGCAAUGGGCAGGAGAGCGAGCUGCUCAGCUCUGGCCAGAGUGGGAAAUGCAUGAAGGUCAGCACGUAGUGCAUGGUCCCUUCCUCCUUGACUUAUCGGCCUCCGAUGGAAGCGGGUCAGGCGAAGAAAGCAACACCCUCGACCUCAGCCACGUCGUGCGUCGAUGGAUCUCCUCUACUUCCAUGGGACGGCGACGUCGCGCUGCCCGACGCAGGCAACACGAGAGGGCCUGCGCUAACCUACAAGAAGCUCUCGCCCUUCUCAACUACUCGGCCUAUCCUCCAGCCUCGACAGCGCAACGCGGCUCGCCUGACGCACUCUGGGUGCUGGCGCAGCAUCAUGUUCUGGGGACGCACGGGGCCGAACCUCGCCCUUGGAUGGCCGUGCCCUACCUGAAUGAGAUGGUCGAUGUGGUUAGCCCGGGGAACGCGAGUGCUAGGAAUUUGCUUGGUUGGAUCGAGGGGUCGAGGGAGAUUUGGAACGCUUGGGGAGCACCGGAAGUCCCAGAGGCCUUCCCGGGACAGGCUCAGAGUCUGUCCCUCCUCCACCACACCUUCGCAGCCCGUCAAGGCGACUACGGCUCGAUGCUCUCCCUCGCGUACAGGCACCACGCAGGCAUCGGCACACCGGUCGACUGCGACGAAUCUCUCAAAUGGUACUCGCGCGCAGCAAACUCCUCCUGGGCGCGAUACAAGGACGGCCCGGUUGGUGGGCUCACCCCGCCUUACACGCACUUACGUCUCUCCGACUUAGCAGGAGGGGCAUAUGGGCCUGGGGCAUCUGCGGCCAGCACGGGUUGGGAGGCGCAUAGGCCCGCAGUACAGGCUGCACUCCAUUCUCUGCCGGGCAGCGGGUUGCUUUCAUCACAGAAUAAGGCUGCAGGAGCAGGAGGGAGGGGUGACCCUUCCUCUUCGAGGCUGGGCGACUUGCUGGAGUUCUACAGCUAUCAUGCCUCUGGCGGAUCAAUCAGCUACAUGAUGCGACUCGCACGCAUCUACUAUCUGGGAUCCAUCUACGGAAUCAGUGAGAGCGCGGGAAGAGUGGAGCGCGACUACGUGAGGGCGAGAGAGCUAGCGUUGCGAGUCGCGAGGCAGGUCUGGCCGGUCGAUGUGGCGCACCUCAGGAUGGUAGGAGGGAAAAGAGUGAUGGGACGUGCGGCUACUGGUGGUGCCAAUGCAGGAGCGCAGCGAGUCGAAGAGGACCUCGUACUACAGCCAGCCGAGCCAGCUACCACCAUCUAUGCAGGCGCUGCUGCUGCCCUGCUCGGCCGCAUGUAUCUGCGCGGCGAGGGAGUUGAGAUCGAUUACGCUCGCGCCUGGUACUGGUUCUGGCGCGGUAUUGAUGCAGGCGAUCGAGACUGCUACUACGGCUAUGGCCUGAUGCGGAGCCAGGGACUCGCGCCUGAUCAGCAAGCUGCCCUUGCUACCACAGGCAAGGCGCAGGGCAAGGGUCGAGUCGCCGACUGGAAAGGCGCAGUAGACGCGUGGGAGAAGGCAAUCAAAGCUGGCGGCCCCAACGGUCAUGCUGAAGCCUCCGCGGCAUUGGGCAAGCUACACUUCGACACCAAAGACUUUCCCGGCGCUAUGCGCCAUUUCGCCCACGCGGUUGCGUGGGGUUCCCCAUUCGAGGGUCACUUCAUGCUCGCCACGGCGAAUGCAGACCUAUACCGCCGCGCUCUUGCUACGCUACGCGCUACUGGCGGCUCGCCAUCCGGGGGAGCCGCAGCAGCAGAAGCCUUCCUCGGUACGGACGAAGGAAAGCGCUGCUCGGCCGCUGCUCUGCACUUCAAGACUGCCGCUGAGCGUGGUGACUGGGAGUCUCCUGUUUUCCAUCGCGGCAUGCGAGCUUGGGAGCUCGGGGAUAGGAAGAGGGCUCUUCUGUGGUGGAGUAUGGCAGCCGAGCGUGGGGACGAGGCCGCGGAGAACAAUGUCGCAUGGAUUUUGGACAGAGACAAGAGGGCAUGGAAAGUUCCGGGCCUGGUCGAGGGUCUGCGACGGGUGGGAGGGAGGAGAAGUAAAGGAGAGACGAGCCCGGAGCGCGUGGGGGAGGAACCUGCGACCGACAGACUAGGGUUGAUUUACUGGACCAGGUCGGCUGCGCAGGGCAAUGUGGACGCGCUGGUCAAGAUGGGCGACUAUUACUAUCAUGGCGUAGGCUUGGCGCCCUCGAGAUCAGAGGCGGCCGUAGCAGCCAGAGCGUCAGCGGAAGCCGCGCAGGACUACAACGCCACGUCCACCUCGCGAUCCUCUUCGAAAAGCAGCCCUCGCCCUUUCGCUUCGCCCUCUCCGUCCUACGAGAAAGCCAUGGCCUGCUACGCAGCAGCCGCCGAUCGACAAGUCUCCGCCCUCGCCUACUGGAAUAUGGGCCAUCUCUACGAGGAAGGCCUAGGCGUACCCCGUCGAGACUUUCACCUCGCAAAGCGCUAUUACGACAUGGCGCUCGAGAUCAACGCGGAGGCCUACCUGCCCGUCAUGCUCUCUCUUGUUCGCCUGCACAUUCGAGCCUUCUUUGCCACAGUCUGGAGUGGAGAAGAGAGCGCGGUGCAGCUUUUCAGCACAGGGGGGUACACAGGCUAUGGGGUAUUUGCGGGGGCUGGUGGUGGGGCUGAGGGGGCUGGUGGGGGUCAAGGGUAUACCGAGGCCGAGGAGGACUUGCUCAGGGCGGCGAGGCAGGAACAUCAGCGCAACCAAGCGCAGCGGGAGCAUCAACAGCAGCAGCAGCGGGCGCGCACACCUGCUCGUGGGGCACAUCGUGGGCCAGACGGGUUCGAGGAAGGGGCCGAUCCGCACCUGCCAGAAGGAUACAACCUGCGCGAGCCUCGUGGAGGUGAUGAGGAGGGUGCUCCGGGCGAUGAUGGGAGCCAAGGCGUCAGUGAUGAUGAAGCGGACGCGAUGAUUGAGGGCGCGAUGAUCGUCAUUGGCCUCUCGGCGCUCGCGAUGCUCAUGUAUGCUAGGCAGGCGGCGCAGGCGCGGGCGGAGCAGGAGAGACGAGAUCACUGGGCAGAUGGGACUUUGAUGUUGCGAUUCUCGGUCUCACGACAUAUACACAAUAUCAAGAAUUGAUUAGUUGAUUCUGUUGUGCUUGCGAUCCGUCUCUACACUGAGCGCUUC